CCCUCCUCCAGAGCCAUGGUGCCGGCCCCAGGGGCUCCCGGCCGUCCCCUCGGCUCCCUGGGGUCGGGGCCCGGGGUCUCGGCGUCCGGAGAGCCGGCGCCGCCUUCGCGGGAGGCGCGGGCGGGCUCGCCGCGCUCGCCCCCCGCGCCCCCCCCCGCCCGCGGGAAGAUGCCGGGCCGGGUGCACCGCGCCUGGUACCACCGCAUCGACCCCACGGUGCUGCUGGGCGCGCUGCCGCUGCGGAACAUGACGCGCCAGCUGGUGCAGGACGAGAACGUGCGCGGGGUGAUCACCAUGAACGAGGAGUACGAGACGAGGUUCCUGUGCAACUCCUCGCAGGAGUGGGAGAGAGUAGGCGUGGAGCAGCUGCGGCUCAGCACAGUCGACAUGACCGGGAUCCCCACCUUGGCUAACCUCCAGAAAGGGGUCCAGUUUGCUCUCAAGUACCAGGCGCUGGGCCAGUGUGUCUACGUGCAUUGCAAGGCUGGGCGCUCCAGGAGUGCCACAAUGGUGGCAGCCUAUCUGAUUCAGGUGCAUAACUGGACUCCAGAGGAGGCUGUCAGAGCCAUCACCAAGAUCCGGUCACACAUCCAUAUCAGACCCAGCCAGCUGCAAGUUCUCAAAGAGUUCCACAAGGUUACUGUAGGGGCAGCAAAGGAUGAGACUUCCAACACACAAACGCAUGAAGUACGUGGAUUAGAGAAAACGCCGGAUGACUCUGCCUGAUACAGAAUAAAAAACUUUUAACAGGACAAAGGGGCUUCCGCCCUGACUUGACAUAACAGAAAUGCGCUAAAUAAUGGAUAACUAUG